AUGGGAGGGAAGCGCCAAGAGCGCCAGAAUCUUAGGUGGGACUUGCUCACUCUAAUUAAGCUUCUUAGGUUCUGCUCCACAUUUGUCUUCGGGUAUAUUCGCCAAUUCUUACAACUCAUACACUACCUUGGUGAAAAGCUUAAUAGCUCUCCUCUAGCUCCUUGUGAGGGUGACGUUGUCAUGAGAAACAACGACCAGUUUCUCAGCGUCGAAGGAGGUCACCGUCAUCAAUGCCUGAACCAAGACUUUGUCAGUAAUGGAAAUUAUGGUGGAAAUAACCAACCUGCGGUGUCCCAUAACGCGAUGUUACACGAAGAAUUGACCGUGGAAAAUGGAAGCCGGUUCAGGAAUAGUUACAUGAAAAGAUCGAGAAGUACUCCUAUUAUUCCAGCAGAAUAUGGUCAAGAUCCAAAGAACAAGAGGAAUGUAAAGUCAAGGAAGAAUGCUGCUCAAAAGCUUGCUAUGAGUGACUACAAUGAAAAAGAUGGCAAUGCUAAAGCGCCAAUUAGCCCCAACAGCUUCUACUCCGCUGGAGAAUACCCAAAUGCUUCUCAUGAAGAGCUCGGAGGAGUAGCUUGGAGUUCAAGUCCUAAAGGGUCUCCAGCUCUGAACCUGAACGGAAAAAAAAGGGCGACGAGAGGGUCAGCAACCGAUCCCCAGAGCGUCUAUGCAAGGAAGAGAAGAGAGAAAAUCAAUGAGAGGCUGAAAAUACUGCAGAACCUUGUCCCCAAUGGAACAAAGGUUGACAUUAGCACAAUGCUUGAGGAAGCUGUCCAGUACGUGAAGUUCUUGCAGCUUCAAAUCAAGCUCUUAAGCUCUGAUGAUCUAAGGAUGUAUGCACCCCUCGCCUACAAUGGAAUGGACAUUGGACUCAAUUUGAGGAAUAUCUUCGCUCCAAGACAAUAG